AUGAUGAAAUAAGACCAAGAUAAGAACAUCUGGGAAUGGGUUCCGUGCAAUUACGACGUCAAAAGAAUCGUAAAGGAUACUCAGACUUCUUGGAAUUUGAGUCCAUAAAUUUCCCUUAAGAUUCCAUCAGAGAAUGGGACUAUAGAUCCCCUAAUCAACAUCAAGAUCGACCAGAGCAGGCCUUUCAUAUACACUGACAAUUUGGGUUGGAAUUGGCAUAAGAGUUGGAACCUUCCAGAUAUCGGUCUGGAAAUGGAAAUUACAGACCCGUUGACGAAUGAGCGUCUAGCCCCUCCGAACAACAUUUAUUGUAAACUGCAAAUUGUGAAGCCAAUCAUAACUCCGAUGAAAACUCAUCAUCUGCUGGAAGUGGGAGCCAAAGGAAACCUCAAGGUGGACAUGGAGAACGGGAAGUGUAUCUUCUCGGGCCUUAAGUUUAAUACUACCUCCUAUAACCAUGAUCAUUAACGAUUCCACAUAGUGAUCACUCUAUAUUUGUGUCAGAGCAAAUUUGAAUUCCCUCAGAUCUUAGACUCUCGUAUCUCCCCUCCAAUAUUUGUGGACUCCCGCAAAUCCGCCAGAGAUAUUGUGAAACAGAAGAUCCAAAAACUGUAAUCAUAUUUCGACCCCUUCUUGCCCAACAAUUUGGAGAAAUAGUUUCUGAUCAUCAAACCCCAGAAUUCAGAAGUCAUUAAAAAUUCUAUAGAUGGACUCAUCAACUAUUUCACGGCUCCCAACAUUCGCCACAAGGUCAAGCAUCCCAUCUUCUUGCUUCUCAAGUUCAGUGCUUGCAUCUCGUUGUACGUAAAUUCUGCCAAAAUCAAAUUUACAGAGCCCGACAAUUUAAUCCAAACUCUACAACACGUUCUUUCUACUAGCAAUGCAUUACAAGGAAUUCAAAAGAUAGAGUAGAAACUCAUCAUUCUAUACAUCGAUUGUAAGAGCAACGAAGCAAAAUCUCAAUAGAAUAUGAAAAAAAUCCAAGAAUUCCUUGAUCCUCUUAACAACGAUUGCGUACAAGUCAUCAUGGACAUCAAUGAUGUGCCCAAAGGAUUCACAAAAAUUGAAAAUCUAGAUGAACUCCAAGGAGCAUACCAUAGAGCUUACAAUUCCUUAUUAAAAUACAAAAGGGAAGAUGAUCAAAUCGAUUAAGAAUAAUUAGAAGAAGAGUAUAAUGCUAAAAUCCCAGAAAAAAAGAAGAAAAAAGAACUUAAAGAACCUGAGUAACUGGUUAAUCCUGAGAGAAUAAGAAAAAUUAUUCAUAUUUCAGGUGCCCUUCCUAACCAAAGUUCAAAUUCGAUGCCUGAACAAGAAAGUAAUCCUAUCAAAUUGGAGCAAUUCUCUAUACCCAACAAUGUUUAAUUGAGACUUCCAACCCAAGAAUAAUCAUAGUAGUAUAUGCAGCAAUAACAACUCCAAUAACAACAAUUACAAUAGAACUUAUCCUUCAAUCCUGCGUCCUUAUGGCUAUAUCUAUAAAAACUUCCUUCAUGA